AGCUUCAAUGUGCAUUUCCUCUCUUUGUUUCUACUUGCAAAUGGAAAAAAAAUAUUUUUGAAGUGCUAAAGGUUCUUUUAGUGUUUUAGGUUUGAGUUUUCUUUCUUUGCUUUUUCCCUAUUUUUUGCUGCAAUCAGAUGAGUGAGUUUUUGUUGACGGGACUUCGCAUGUCCAGCGAAUUUGAUUAAAUUCACCUUGAACUGGGUUGAGGUUUUUGGGAAUUGCCUAGGUCUGCUACUUUUGCCUUGGGACUUGUUGAUUCUGGUGAAUUUCUGGAGAGACCUGUAAUUCUGACCUCAAUUGAUGUGUUCUCAAAAUUUCUUGGCUUCAAAAUCAUUUGUUAAGAAGAUGAGAAGUUGGGGGCAUGCAAUGGGUGUACUUUGCAGCUCAACAUUAAUAAAAAUGGGGCACCAUACUCCAUCUAGUCAGGCUGCACCCUUUUAUAACUAAAAAAUAGAUGGUACAUCACGAACGGAUGGCUCAUUGUCAGUUUUCUUGGCCAAAAGGUCAUAUCUAUCAUUAAAGUGGAUUAGUUUGGCUUCAAGUGAGAAGGCUAUAUGCUAGGCACAAUUUCUGCUAAAUGGACACUAUUGUGAAAAAAUAGGUACUCUCUGUUGUUUAAAGAUUAUCUGUUGACACUGAAAAGAGCUUUAAUUGCCUUAAAUGAGGACAGGAAUGGAUUCAGACAGAGAAAGGGAGAGAACUGUGUUUGUGACAGUCGGCACUACUUCUUUCGAUUCCCUUGUCAAGGCAGUUGAUUCUACCCAAUGCAAAGAAGCCUUAGUGAGUAAGGGGUAUACCAAUCUGCUCAUCCAAUUAGGCCGUGGCACAUAUUUCCCAACAAAGUCUUCAGGCGAAGAUGGAGGUCUAAAAGUUGAAUACUUCACAUUUUCACUGAACAUUGCAGGUUUUCUGCAAUCUGCAGCCUUGGUAAUCAGUCAUGCAGGGUCAGGUAGCAUAUUUGAAACUCUACUUGUGAAUCGGCCCCUUAUUGUCGUAGUGAAUGAAGCAUUGAUGGACAAUCAUCAGAGUGAAUUAGCAGAGGAACUUGCAGAGAGAAAGUUCUUAUAUUGUGCUUGUCCUGAAACGCUAGCGAAAACCAUAGAAUGCAUGGAUCUAGAAUCACUUCUCCCUUAUCCACCAUCAAAUCCUAUGCCAGUAGUUCAAUCACUAAACCAAUUUCUGGGGUUUCUUGAUGAUUGAUAACCAAUGCAAGCAUUAUUUUACAUGUCCAUGAUAGAACACUUUAAUACCUACUUCCUUAGAACUAGUUUUCCUGUUCUAUGCUUGGGGUUCUCAAAUUUAAUGCCCUAUCUAAUUUAGAGGCAGAAUGUAUCUGAAUGUGCACUUUACCUCUUCAAUUUUUGGAAUGACAUGCCCGUAAUAUAAAUUGCAUAUGAUGAGGAAGCAGCCUAACAUCUGUAUUUUGUUUUAAGGGAGAGAAGGUGAAGGAAAUUGGAUAUUUGCUAAAUGUGUGGCAUUUGAUUUAAUUUCAAUGUGGACCAGAAGGUUAGGAACUUCCCUAGAAGUAAUUUGAUAAUUGAGAAAAAGGUAAGUCAUAUUGUAUCCUA